UCAGCUACAACGCUGGGAUGAGUGCGGGCGAGAAAUGUGGACAGUGGCAGCAAGUUCUGAUGCUGCUCGGCGAGAUGUGGAGGGGCAAAUUAGAACCGAACGCAAUCAGCUACAACAUUGGGAUCAAGGCGUGCGAGAAGAACCAGCAGUGGCAACAUGCUUUGGCGCUGCUCAGCGAGAUGUGGGAGUCGAAUUUGCAUCCCAGCCUACAAGGCUGCGCUCGGCGCGUGCGAGACAGGCGGACAGUGGCAGUGUGCGCUGUGGCUGCUUGAUGGAACGCGUGAGGCGGGGUUGA